AUGAGACACGAGUGCAACGACGCUGCUGCUGCUGACGCUCUGUCUGGUCGCGCUGCUCUCUGGACAGGCGGAAGUGUUUCAAGUACGUUUUUCUUUCAUCGAAUAGGUGCGAGGAAACGAUUUCGCAGGCCAACGUCCGCGAGGCCUUCGAUUUCCAACGAUCAGGAGGUGUCCGCCAGCGUGAACAGAUUCAAGGUGACGCGCAACCGAAUCAACAACAAGGGCACGAAAAAUGAGCUCCAGCCGGGAAAAGCAUCAUCCGAGGACUACAAGGUCGUGUGUUACUACACGAACUGGUCGCAGUAUCGGACGAAACUCGGUAAGUUCAUGCCGGAAGACAUACAGCCGGAUCUUUGCACCCACGUCAUAUUCGCCUUCGGCUGGCUCAAGAAGAACAAGCUGACGAGCUUUGAGUCGAACGACGAGACCAAGGACGGCAAGCUUGGGCUCUACGAGAGAAUGAUGUCCCUCAAGAAGGCCAAUCCUACGCUCAAGGUCCUACUAGCGAUCGGCGGUUGGUCCUUUGGCACGCAGAAAUUUAAAGACAUGGCAUCGACUAGGUACGCCAGGCAGACUUUCAUCUACAGUGCCAUACCGUACCUUCGUGACAGAGACUUUGACGGCCUUGACAUCGAUUGGGAGUAUCCUAAGGGCGGAGAUGACAAAAAGCACUUUGUGCUUCUUCUCAAAGAGCUUCGCGAGGCGUUCGAAGCUGAGGCUCAGGAGCGCAAAAAGCCGCGACUCUUGCUCACGGCGGCUGUGCCCGUGGGUCCGGACAACGUGAAAGCCGGCUACGACGUUCCAGCCGUCGCCAGCUAUCUGGACUUCAUAAACCUGAUGGCUUAUGACUUCCACGGCAAGUGGGAGCGCGAAACGGGCCACAAUGCGCCCUUGUUCGCCUCAUCCUUGGAUUCGGAGUGGCAGAAGCAACUGAGCGUAGACAACGCGGCCUCGCUGUGGGUGAGUCUCGGCACGCCCAAAGAGAAGCUGAUCAUCGGCAUGCCGACGUACGGACGCUCCUUCACCCUCAGCAAUCCGGCUAAUUUCAAGAUUCACUCGCCGGCUAGCGGGGGUGGCAAAGCUGGAGAGUACACCAAAGAAUCGGGAUUUUUGGCUUACUACGAGAUCUGCGAGAUGCUGCUAAACGGUGCCGUCUACAUCUGGGACGAUGAGAUGAAAGUCCCGUACCUCGUGGAUAACGACCAGUGGGUUGGGUUCGACGACGAGAAAUCCAUCAGAAUUAAGAUGCGAUGGCUCAAGGAUAAAGGAUACGGAGGUGCUAUGGUAUGGACGGUCGACAUGGACGACUUCAACGGCACAUCGUGUGGAAGCGGUGUCAGAUAUCCGCUGAUCGGUGCAAUGCGCGAGGAGCUUCGAGGCGUAUCUCGUGGUAGCAACAGCAAGGAUGUUGACUGGAGUUCCGUCGCCACGACGAUAUCCGAAGUGGUGGUCAAAAAGCCCGAACCUUACAAGAUACCCGUAUCCGAGGUUCUCAGCAAAGCCAAAAAGGUUCCCAAGACCGCCAACCAACUGGUUAUUAAUUUGCCAACCAGAGAAAGAGAAGCUCAGACGAUCUGCUACUUGACAAACUGGUCGCACCGACGUCCCGGCACUGGUAAAUUCAAUCCCGAGGACAUAGACCCGAGCCUCUGCACCCACGUUAUCUACGCCUUCGCCACACUGAAGGACCAUCUGUUAUACGAGAGCAGCGACAAGGACAUCGAAAUGUACGAGCGGCUGACAAGUCUCCGCGAAAAGAAUCCUGACAUAAAGAUUCUCUUGGCCAUCGGUGGAUGGGCCUUCGGCUCGACGCCGUUCAAAGAGCUAACGAGCAAUACCUUCCGCAUGAACCAGUUUGUUUACGAGGCCAUCGAUUUCCUGCGCGAGCACAAAUUUGACGGUCUCGACGUUGACUGGGAGUACCCACGAGGAGCCGACGACCGCACUGCUUACGUCAAUCUCCUGAAAGAGCUCAGAGUCGCCUUCGAGGGAGAAGCGAAGAGUGCCGGUCUGCCCAAGCUCAUCCUCUCGGCAGCCGUACCCGCGAGCUUCGAAGCGAUCGCCGCUGGUUACGACGUACCCGAGAUUUCGAAAUACCUCGACUUCAUCAACGUGAUGACAUACGAUUUCCACGGCCAGUGGGAAAGGCAAGUCGGGCACAACAGUCCCCUGUUCUCGCUGGAAAGUGCUACCAGCUAUCAGAAGAAGCUCACUGUGGACUACAGUGCACGCGAGUGGGUGAAACAGGGAGCGCCCAAAGAGAAGCUGAUGAUCGGAAUGCCGACGUACGGCAGGUCCUUCACCCUCGUCGAUAAGUCCAAGUUCGACAUCGGGGCGCCGGCAUCCGGAGGCGGCCUGGCCGGAAAUUUCACGAACGAGGCCGGCUUCCUCUCCUACUACGAGGUGUGCAGCUUCCUGUCCGAAGACAACACUACGUUAGUUUGGGACAGUGAACAGCAGGUUCCGUUUGCCUACAGAGACGACCAGUGGGUUGGUUUUGACGACGAGAGGAGCCUCAUCAACAAGAUGAAUUGGCUAAAGGAGGAAGGCUUCGGGGGUGUAAUGAUCUGGUCGGUCGACAUGGACGACUUCCGUGGAUCUUGCGGCAACAGCAAGUAUCCUCUGAUCAAGGCCAUGAAAAAGGAGCUGCUCGAUUACUCCGUGAAACUCGAGUACGAAGGACCGUACGAGACCAAUAACUUGCGAGGCGGAAAAUACACCACCAAAGAUCCCAACGAAGUUACCUGCGAUGAGGAAGACAAUCACAUCUCCUAUCACCCGGACAAGAACGACUGCACGAUGUACUACAUGUGCGAGGGCGAGCGGAAACAUCACAUGCCCUGUCCCGUGAACCUUGUCUUCAACCCCAACGAGAAUGUCUGCGAUUGGCCCGAGAACGUUGAGGGCUGUCUGCAACAUACGCAAUCGCCACCAGUCUGA